AUGGUGACGUCAAUCUUGAUUCCAUGGACAGCUUUCGCACUGAGCUUGGCGAUUUUUAUUUGUCUUUAUCACGAUCACGCAGUCAUUGUUUGGAUAUUGCAGAUCAUUUUUACCCUUCUUGGAGUAUGCGCUGUCCUCACUGGCUUUCAGGUGAGGGAUGCAGUGGUGAUGUCUUUGGGUUUCUUGACUCUUGCUUCCAUUGUACUGGGUGCGGCUGCAGGGACUUGGCUGGAAGCUGAAUAUCUACAAAGGUUCUGGCAACUUUAUCGGGCAUCCAACUACAAGAUGAUUCAGGCAUCUGAUGAGAAGGUUCCGCUCGACUCGUUCCUCAGGUUUCCGGAGGGCACCGCGCUGGACGAGACGCGCCCGGACCUCUCGCCGCGGCGCUCCCCUCGGGAGGUGACCAGCAUUGGCACUGGGACGAAGCGCAUCAGGUCGAAAUACACUGUGAACCCUGGCUACGCUCCAGUUGCAGACUGCUUCUGCGUUCGAUUCUCUCCGGACGACCAGUACUUGGCCACAUCCUUUGCAAAUGGUGCCAUCCACGUGUACAGUGCAGACACAGGACGCCAGGAGUUCCUCUUGAACGGCUCCCCGCCGAGCCUGGAACUCUCGGCCACACCGCUGCCCACCACCCAGCUGCGUUGGCGUCCACAUGGUGCCGCCUCGAAGACACAGAGCGUUUUGGUCUCCGUGAAUGCCGAGUUUGAUGGUCAAAUCAUGCAGUGGCACAUUAAGUCCGGAAAGUGCUUGCACAGCAUCACCGAGAAAGGAAAUCAGAUCUUCUGCUUGGAUUACUUCAGCGACGGCAGCCAGUUCGCCACUGCCGGGAAGGACCGGCUGCUGCGGGUCUACGACGAGGCAACGAAGCGGCAGUUGAUGACGCUGCAGGGUGGCGACAUGAAGGAGACAGCAGGACACUCAAACCGGAUCUUCUCUUUGAAGUAUCACCCAGAAGAUCCCAACAUCAUUCUCUCUGGUGGCUGGGACAACACGGUCCAAGUCUGGGACACCAGAAAAGGUAUCUCUGUGAAGAGCCUCUGGAACGCCUACAUUUGUGGCGACGCGGUGGAUAUCUCCAGCGAUGGACGGCAGAUCCUCACAGGCUCGUGGAGAACUGAGAACUCUCUCCAGAUCUGGGACUUUGCCUCCGGCAAGGUGGCGCAGACGAUUGACUGGGCAAGCGCUUCCUCCAAGAGCCCCUGCCAGCUCUUCGCGGCUCAGUUCAGCAAGGAUGCCGGGAGCAGCAUGAUCCUGGCGGGUGGUUCUCAGGAGAAUGAGGCCAAGUUCUUCUUGCGGCAGCCAGGGGCCAUGCCAGUGCCCUUUGGGGCUUUAGUGUCGAUGCCGAAGCCUGUCUUCACUGUGGACUGGUCGAUUAGUUCUAAGAUGGCCGUUGCUUGGUUGCAGAAAGCAAGACCAAUGCGCAAAUCACACAAUCCUUUCGACGAAUAG